UUGUGUAGUUUAGUCUUCCACUCCCCAUUGCGUACACUCACUCCAAACUCACUCCUACGCUUCAUCCCUGCGAUACCGACUCAAAUGCAGAUCCAACAUAGGAAAAUGAAAAAAUGGAGAAAAGAAUGAGAAAAUGAUUUUACCAGAACUGAUUUUAUCAACAUCAAUUCUUAGUUUAGCCCUGUUUGUUUGGGCAGUCCUGGCUAAAUAUAAAAAAGAAGGAAAAACUAGAUUUUCAGACGGUGAGGGUAGUAGUGAGGAUGAAGAGGAGGAUGAGGGGGAGGGGGACUGCUCCAGCAAGGAGAACUUUGUUGAUGAGACCUUGCUAGAGUCCUGCGGGUCCUCGGUCUGUGGAGAGAGUGCUAAGGAUGAAACUCCUUUGUCUAGCACUCCGGGAACUCCUAAAGCCACCUCAGGGUUAAGUAGAAGACAGAGGAAGAAUAGAAAGAAAGAAGACAAGGGACCGAAGAAAUCCAAAUCUCCUAUAUUAUCCAGAACGAGCUCUGAGGAGUUAAAACCUGACUUAACCCGUUCCAAGAAGAAUAGUGUUCCUUGUAAACAAUAUACUAAACUAAAUAUGCCAGACAAGGAUAUAUAUCAGCUGUUAACAAGUUACCUCCUUCCAACUGACCAGCUCCGGCUUCUAGGUUAUCCUAUGGACAGUACACUUUUUCCAGGGAAGGCCUAUAUAUACAGAGAUCCUGAAAUAUCGUCUUUGCUGCACGAGACCGCGGAUUAUGAUGACGGAGACAUCUGCGACCAAGGGUCUGCGACAUUAGAUGCAACAGCUCAGCCUUUCUUCCCUGAACAGGGAUAUCAGUUUAUGCUCAACAAAUACUCACAAUCAGAGAAUUCAGUACCGGUGCUGAAUGCGACUGCCAAGGAGUUUGUGCCAAGCAAUCUAGAAUCUUCAGACGAUAGUGAAAAGAAAACAUUAAAGGGUGUUCAAUCUUCACCAAAUUUAGAAAACACAGAAGAAUGGAUCCCUAGUCUUGUAUCAGUUCCAAGUUCUCCCAACCUACUAGAUCCGUCCUCACUCCAACAUAUAAGCUCAAGUAACAGUAGUAAAACCAAUCCUGCCAGUAUUUCUAGUAAACUCACUUCAGACGAAGAAGAAUCUAUGUACGACGAAAGACGAUGUGUCCGGUGUACAAAAACAUUUUUUAUGUACUCGGGAGGAGAAUACUAUACACAGGAGUCCUGUACAUAUCAUUGGGGUAAACUAAGAUCCCAGAACAAGAAUAAUCCUAUAUAUCAGUGUUGUGGUGGAAGAGCGGGUAGAUCCAGUUCGCGAGGGUGUUCAGUAGCUCAGGUUCAUGUUUGGUCAGGGUUCCCCCUUUCCAGGGGCAUAGUAGGUCCCUUAGAUGGGUAUGUGAAGACGAGGUAUAGAAAAUCUCUGCAGAAAGAACGAAACUUUGGUGUUUUCGGAGUAGACUGUGAAAUGUGCUAUACCCGUGUAGGCUUAGAAUUAACCAAGGUGACAAUAGUAGGAGUAGACGGUAGAUUGGUUUAUGAAAGCUUAGUGAACCCUGAGAACAGUAUAGUAGAUCAUAAUACCAGAUUCUCUGGCAUAUCAGAACGUGACCUAAAUGUUGGACCAACUAAAUCUCUCAAGGAAGUCCAGAAUGAUCUGAACGGUUUCAUCAACGCCGAUAGUAUUCUUAUAGGACACGGUCUGGAGAAUGAUCUGAGAGCUCUAAACCUCCUUCAUCUGAACGUAAUUGACACAAGCCUUGUAUUCCCACACUUCUACGGUCUUCCAUACAGAAGAUCUUUACGCACACUCGUCAGUUCAUACCUCAAGCGGGAUAUACAGGGUAAUGCCUGGGGUCACGAUAGCUAUGAAGAUGCCCGGGCAUGCGUAGAGUUGAUGCUUUGGAAGGUCAGGAAGGAUUUAGAAAAGGCGAGGAAGCUGGAGAUCCCUGGUAGAAAGAUCUAGAAGCUGGAGAUCCCUGGGAGAAAGAUCUAGACGCUAGAGAUCCCUGGUAGAAAGAUCUAGAAGCUGGAGAUCCCUGGUAGAAAGAUCUAGAAGCUAGAGAUCCCUGGUAGUAAGAUCUUUAAGCUGGAGGCCUCUAAUAAAAAGAUCGCCGGAGAUCACUGUUAGAAAGAGAUAUAUUAACUAAGCCUUCCAAUUUCUUCCCUAAAUUAUAUCCAAUCCACCUACCCAGCAAUCUAUCUAUCUAUCAAUCCUUUAAUGUAAUAUGUCUUAAUUUAAUGACCAGUUGUAAUUUUCAUUUUUUUUCAAAUCCAAAUUUUUUUCACUGUAACGGAAUUAAUGAUAUUGACAGUUAUCCUUAGGAAAUUCG